AUGACGCCUGUGAAGCCAGAGUGCCAGAUGAGUUAUCAUCUGAAAGUGUGGCUAACGAUUUUAUUGGUAAUUAAAUUGUGUUGUGGCCUAACGGUUUAUGGAAAUGGUUUUGUCACCAUAAAGCGUCUACCUCCGCCGGAGUUGUGUAGAAAUGAUGCUUGUCUCGAAGAUGUGGCCGGCAGGGAUCAACGCCAGCGAAGUUUUUUGGAAAUGAAAUAUCGUCUCUAUGAAAAUCCCUAUAAACUGCGAUUUCAGCCGAUGAAAGCGAUGCCACGUUUAUUUUGGCAUAAAUUUCCCCAGAAGCAGCAGGAGCUGCCAACAACAACGGUCAUGCCCACGGAGGUGCCAGAAGUGACGGAGUUGCCCAGUGAACCUGAGGAGCCAACGGAAUCCACGGAGGAGCCCAUGGAACCAGAAAUCACAGAAGCCCCCAUACCCGAAACCGAGGCACCACCACCAACCGAACCACCUGCCCCUCCUCCCACUGAACCAGCCACUGAAGAGCCAAUGGUAACCGAAAUACCAACCAUUAUGCCCACCAGCACCAUUUCCGAAACACCAUUACGGCCGCCAGGAACAACUUUCACCACCAUAAUGAAGCCGCCUGGCUAUUUCCCCUACAAUCUGGCCACCAAACUGAAAAAUCUCUUGGUAUUCGGCUCCCCUGCCCAAGUGAAUUUGAUACAAAAACAUGGCCUUGUUCCAACCGUGAAAACGAAGAGUAAAGGAUUUCUCAGCCUAUUCGAAGUCAUUAAAUUUGAAAAUGUCAGAUGUUCCGUGAAUAUGGGUGAUAUACGCUCCAUGGAGGGUACUUGCUAUCAUGAGCUUGAGUGUAAAAAUCUCGGAGGCAUUCCCACGGAAAGAUGUGCCGAUGGCGCCGGAGUUUGUUGCAUCUUUCUAACUGGUUGUGGUGACACAACCGAUCAAUCGGUGGUCUACUUCGAAAGUCCCAAUUAUCCUCAUCCAUUUCGUGAGUCAAUGAUUUGUGUCCUCAUUGUGAAUGUUCGGAAAAAUGUCCAGCAGCUGCGUUUGGAUUUUUUAAUGUUUGAGUUAAACCGUCCAAUUGACGGCGACUGUGAGGAGGACCAAUUUGUAGUUUCGGGGCAAAAUAUUAAUUUCGAGGUACCCGUUUUGUGCGGCAUCAAUACCGGACAUCUCAUGUAUGUCCAUGUCGGCCAUUCUCCAGACCGCAAGGUGUAUCUCUCGAUAUUUGCGAAGGUUCCCACAGGAUCAAGGAGCUUUAAUUUGAAAAUAACACAGUUAGAGGAUAAUUUGGCGCCCGAUGGCUGCUUGCAGUACUACACGGACAUGGAGGGUAUUGUCAAGUCUUUCAACUAUGACAUCGAGGGAACUGUGGUCGACAAUAAAUUGGCCACAUAUUUGAACAACCUGAAUUAUGUGAUUUGCUUGGAACGUGGCAAAAAUACCUGCAGUGUCAAUUAUGUCAUGGAACAAAUCGGCAGCAGUUCCGAACAGUUGGAUUUUCAAAUAAUCAAUAAAAAUGAAGAUGAAAACGAUCUGGUGCCCGAUGGCCAGGCCGGUGCUGGCAUCUUCAAUUGUCCCGACGACUUUUUAGCCAUCAAUCAGGUGCGCCUGUGCGGCGAACGCUUCAACGACGGCUCCACAAAUGAAGAUUUCACCGUCAAUGCACCAGUUCGAGAUGUCGCGGCGGGACCAAUUAUUUUGCCCUUUCGCAGCAAUGACGAAUAUGUGGGACGUGGUUUUCGCCUGUCCUACCGCCAGGAAUCAUGUGUAUAA